UCUUUUGCUUACGCUCGUCUUAAGGCUUUUGGAAGACAAUGUCUGGACGUGCAAAGCAGGGCGGGAAGGCUCGCGCCAAGGCGAAGUCCCGUUCUUUCCGGGCCGGCCUGCAGUUCCCCGUGGGUCGUGUCCAUAGGCUCCUUCGCCAAGGGAACUAUGCGGAGCGCAUCGGGGCUGGCACACCAGUGUACCUGGCGGCCGUGCUGGAGUACCUGACGGCCGAGAUCCUGGAGCUGGCUGGCAACGCGGCCCGCGACAACAAGAAGACGCGCAUCAUCCCGCGCCACCUGCAGCUGGCCAUCCGCAACGACGAGGAGCUCAACAAGCUGCUGGGCCGCGUCACCAUCGCGCAGGGCGGCGUCCUGCCCAACAUCCAGGCGGUGCUGCUGCCCAAGAAGACCGAGAGCCACCACAAGGCCCAGAGCAAGUGACUCCCAGAACAAGAAAUAGUUUGAAACAAACGGCUCUUUUCAGAGCCACCUUCAUUUUCAGAAAAAGCUGUACACGAGUGAUAGUUUUCUUGAAUAAGUAUAAUUCUGGGCAGUCAAAAUUUCAUAUUUUUACAUUAUGGAAAACAACUCGACAUGUAAUUUGAACCAGCGGUUACGUUUUAUUAAUUCAUGACAGUGUGUAGGACCUUCCUUGGGAAAGUUACAUGACCUGUGGAUAUGAAGCUAAUACUGCAGCGAGUUAUGGAGUAAAACUGCCACUGAAUUAGAAGCAGGCCACUAACUCAGCUCCCUCCUACCUAAAAGUAGUUGAGAAUGACCAGGUUCUACAACUUUACGAAAGCGUUUUAGAAAACUUCCAUUACGGAGAAAAAGAUGUCAUCACAAAGUGAGCUAGAAUGUUGGUCGAAGAAGUGAGGCAUUUGGAAUGCUGUGAAUUAGCCCUCUGUUUUAACGGCAGGAGGGCACAGCCUAUCAAAGUAUUUGCACGUGUGCUAUGUCACAUAUGUCAAACAUUGAGUAGCUAGAGGCCAGGUGUGGGCUUCGAUCCCUUCCUGGAGCCACUGGCUAUUGGGGGCUGCCAUGAAAGUACUAGAGACCAAACUCAGAUCCUCUACAAGAGCAGCAAGUGCUUUUCACAGCUGUGUUACCUGUCCAGCCCAAUUGUCAUAAUUUUUUUUAAAUCCAGGAAUGGGCAUUUUUAAAGUUUUGACUGGGAAAUAGAGCCAUCUGGUUUGUUCAUUUUGUAAAACGAAAGAAACCGGGAUACACGACUGCUUCAUCCCACAGUCCAAACAGCUGAAGCAAAUUCAAAGGCUGCUUCCUUUUUGCCGCUGACAAAGGCUUGGUGACCAGAAUGUGGCUGGUGGCUUCCCAGGACCUAGCCUGGGAAUCUUGAUUUGCUUCUCCUUUGCUGGUUCAACUGCUCUUGGUCACCUCCAAGCAUCUGAAAGGCAAAUGCAUGUGUUGGGACAAAGGGUGUAAGGGGUGAAGACAGGAGGCCCUGUGUGCUACCCGAUUCUCUGUUGCUGUGAUGAAACACUGACCAAAAGUAACUUGGGGGAAGAAAAGAGUUUGUUUAUAGUCUGCCAUUGAGUGAAGCCAAAGCAGGAACUCAAGGCAGGAACUUGAAGAAGAAACCAUGAGGAUCGCUGCUUACUGGCCUGCUCUCCGUAGCUUGCUCAGGACCACCUGCCCAGGGUGACACAGCCCACAAUGGGCUGGACCCUCCCACAUUAAUCGUUAGUCAUUAACCAAGACAAUGUCCUCAGCAAACAUGCCAAUAUGAAGCUAGUCCUCAACUGACAUCCCCUCUUCUUCCAGGUGACUCUAGUUUGUGUCAUGGUGACAAAAUCUAACCAGCACACCUGGGUGUGGCCAUCCUGCUGGAUGUGUAAGAGAAUUUAGGAGAGUUGAAAACCAACAUACCAAAAGAGGAUUUAUUGAAACGCAGUGCAAAUGUUUUGGCAGGCAUUCUCCUGGAAAGAUCACAUGGCAGGGGGGGAGGAGAGUGCUAAAAGGUAAGUAGUUAGGUCUUCUCAGGUGUGGCUCCUGUGUGGAGCUCAUAACUGGGUGGCUAGGCAGACAUCUCACUCUGGCAGAGGAACGAUUUUCACAGUAUGUUAUUUUCAUGAGGCUGAGUCUCUGUAAAAGAUGGCACACCUCGCUGGGGGUCCAGUUCUUAUCAGUGUCAGGGCAGUAUAAAUGGAGUUUCUCUGUCCCACCCCAUUCCACAGCCACUUCCAAAGAAUCACACAAAGGUUUAUAUUAAUUAUAAAUGAUUGGCAAGUAGCUCAGGCUUAUUACUAACUAGUUCUUACACUUAAAUUAACCCAUAUUUCU